UAUUUUUAUUUUUUCCUCCAGCGCUUUGUUGGGGUCAGUAACCUAUGAGGGAAAAGGGCAGUUAUUUUUCACAAAAGUGGACCAAUGCAACAUACCUGUUCAGUUCUUAAGGACUACCAGAACCUACCAGUGCAGUAUCUCUGCUUUCAAAGGAGACAGAGGGGUCGGUGCCAUAAGAAAUCAAGGGAUUAAAGGAAGACAGGAAGAGGACAACAUCUUCUAUAGUUGCCUUCGACGUAUAUGUAUGCUGAAAAAGUUGUAGAAGAGGGCAAGAUGGGGAACAGGGGGAUCACGCUCACCUGUGUGUUAACCCCUGGCCGGCUGAUGGGGGUGUGUGUUGUGCUGAUUACUUUGGGAGCCAUUGGUGCAGCAGUCUGGGCCAUAGUCACGUAUUGCACUGUGGAGGAAGACACAGGAUACUACGAUGUCCAAGUAAAUUCUGCUGACCAACAUCUCAGAGUCUUCGACUCCACUCAGAAGAGGUGGCGCCAGGUGUGUUCCUCCUCAGCCAAUGAGCUGCUGGCAAGCGUCAGCUGUGAGGAGGUGGGCUUUGUCAGUGUGGUGAAUUACUCGAUCACAUCUGUCCAAGACGUCGGGGGUGACGCUGGAGAGUUCUUCUGUGUCAAAACUGAAGAGCUGAGCCAUGGCAAGAAAAUCAAAGACUCUUUGUUCCCAUGCGACUGUGAGAGCAAGGAGGUUCUCACCUUGUUGUGCCAAGACUGCGGCAGGCGCAGUUUUGCAGAAGACCGCAUAGUUGGUGGCGUGGACGCGAGGCAGGGCAUCUGGCCAUGGCAGGUCAGCCUGCAGUAUGAUGGAGUUCAUCAGUGUGGAGGUUCCAUCAUUUCAGACCGCUGGGUCGUCUCGGCAGCUCACUGCUUCCCCAAGCGUAAUGGCUUUGUCAGCCGCUGGCGUGUGUUGUUGGGCUCUAUCUACAACAAACCAGCCAAUGCCAAUGUGGCGGAAGUGAAAACUAUCGUUUACCACAGCAGCUUUCUGCCCUUUGUGGUCGACAAUAUUGACGACAACAGCAGGGACAUUGCAGUACUGGCUCUUGCUAAGCCCAUCACCUUCAAUGAAUACAUCCAACCCAUUUGCCUGCCAGCGUACGGCCAAAGACUGAUAGACGGACAAAUGGGCACAGUGAUAGGUUGGGGAAGCUUAGGAUAUUCUGGUCAUCAAUCGGACGUUCUAUACGAGGCGAACGUCCCCAUCAUCAGUGAUGCGAUGUGUAAUGCGCCUGAUUACUAUGACAACCAGAUCACUGCCAGUAUGUUCUGCGCUGGCUUUGAGAAGGGAGGCAUAGAUUCCUGCCAGGGAGACAGCGGUGGGCCUUUUAUGGCAGAGGACCGCUUGUCCAAAACCAGCCGAUACCGUUUGCUGGGAGUAGUGAGCUGGGGAAUCGAAUGCGCCACGCCGAAGAGGCCUGGUGUUUACACCAGGGUGUCCCGAUUUCUACCCUGGCUGUCUACUGCCAUGAGGAACUUUAACAACUCACCAGGGAUUCACAAAAUGGCAAGGACAUGACUUUGGCGCCCAUCUUCCUCCACCUGCUUCCCUCACUGAAGAGGAAACAUAAAUGCUCUUAAAGUCCUCUAAUUUCAGUUCCUGAUUUUUUUCACUACCCUGUAUCAUUUAUAUGAUGUUCCUUCGAUUUCUGUAUUCAAAAUGUGUUGUUUCCAACAGCCAAAAGCACAAAGGCAACCCGACCUGGAGGUACUCUCUGCUGCCAUUGCCCACUGUCAUUUUUGCUGCUGUUGCCACAGAAGCGAGACAAUUAAGUGAUGUAAAAGUUGAUGGCUACAAACUGAUUGGUUCUUAAUAUGUAUUUGAUUUUAUCUUGGCCUUUGGAGAGAUCCUGGCUGCAGAAGAUCACUUGUCAGUUUUAUUAUAUUCAGCGGAGUAUACUGCAGAUUGGGAAGAUGUUCUUAGUUUCCUUUCCUCAGAUAUGAAACCAGAGGAUUGUUGGUUGCUUGUGGUAAUCCAACAGAAGCACUUUUGUAAGUCAUUGCUGUAGCUUGAUAUAUUAACAAGGAAAAAUUCAACCUUUGUGGCAUCCUCGGGCUCACAUUCAUUCUAAAAAAUGAAGGUUCUACUUCCGGUGUGGCAAAUUCACAUUUUGGCACGGCCCAAAGUGUACUUAUGAUUUCUCUCGCAGGGCCAUUGACUGUGAACCCAUAUACAUGUUUUAUCAUCUGGUAUUAUUACGUAGGCGGCACGGUGGAUCAGCUGGUAAAGCGUUGGCCUCACAGUUCUGAGGACCUGGGUUCAAUCCCAGACCUGCCUGUGUGGAGUUUGCAUGUCCUCUCCGUGCCUGUGUGGCUUUUCUCCUGGUACUCCGGUUUCCUCCCACACCCCAAAAACAUGCAACAUUAAUUGCAGACUCUAAAUUGCCACUAGGUGGGAUUGUGAGUGUGGCUGUUUGUCUGUAUGUGCCCUGUGAUUGGCAGGCAACCAGUUCAGGGUGUACCCCGCCUCUUGCCCCUUGACAACUGGUAUAGGCUCCGGCACCCCCCGCGACCCUUGUGAGGAUAAGCGGCAAAGAAAAUGGAUGGAUCGAAAAUACUGUACAGUAAAUCAAUUAAUCAACGUUGGACAUUAUUACGUAGACAAAACAAAUUGAUGGAUCACUACCUUUGAAAUCAAGCAGAAUAGUUAGAGAAGUACCAGAAACUGUAAAAACUGUUUUGGUAACAAAAAAAUACCUGCAAUAUUUAUUACAUAUGACAAUUUAAUAUUAUACAACAGAUUUUAGCAAGAAUUCUGGCAGUUAACAUAAAUGAUUUUCUAUUUUGUGGGCCACAUAAACCCAUGUGGUGGGCCAGUUCUGGACCCCCAGCCUUCAGUUUGACACUUGUUCUACAUAU